AUGACAAUCAUUCACAUCGUACUGUUCGAGUGGAAGUCCACAGCUUCCCCAGAUCAAAUCUCAGAAGCAUGCAAGCGUAUGCUCGGUCUCAAAGACCAAUGCAUUCAUCCAUCAUCUCAAAAGCCAUACAUCAAGUCCUUCUCUGGUGGCAAGAACAAUAGCCCUGAAGGCCACAGCGGCAACUCAACCCACGGUUUCGUAGUCGAGUUUGAAAACGAAGAGGACCGGGACUACUACGUAUACAAAGACCCCGCCCACCAGGAAUUCGUAAAGUUUGCUGGAGAGGUGGCGAACGGCGUCAAGGUCUUUGACUAUGAGCCAGGGAAGAUGUAA